GACAAAGCUAGAAAAUGCCCAACGGCGAGGGAGUGAAGUUCCCCCGUUCCAGUGGCAAAGGACCAUCCUGUCCAAGCUUCAGUGGGCAAGAAAGAAGGUUGCCCUGUCUCUUCAGUGGGCAAGAAAGAAGGUUGCCCCGUCUAUCACUGAGCUAAGAAAUUUCAUGAUCAUUGGUGCACUCAAAGAUAGCCUCAUAGGCCAAUAUGCUCUUGUAGGGUUCUUUGUCCACAACAAAAAGCACACAAAGAUGACCAGCAUCCUGAGUUUUUUGAAUUGCAACGACUUUUUUUACCAACAUUGGUUCAUGAAGCCCUGCAACUCUUCCUUUGCAAUAACAGGGUUAGUCCUCAAGUAUGGGAAGAAAGGGUGGGAAGAUCAGAUAAAAGAUGUUGGCAGUUACUGGAAGUUCAAUGACCGCAGGGGGCAAUGUACUCUUCAGGCUAACAAGUGUGACCAAGACCUGGGUUGGAGCUUAAGGAGUCCAUUUGACGAGAGCGUCCUUCUCUGGCACAUCGCCACGGAUUUCUGCUUCUACCACUUGGGCGCAUCAGCAGAUCACCAAUGUGCCACUGCUCAGUGUAUUGAAGAUGCAUCAGGUGAAGGCCAUGGUUGUGCUGUUUGGUGUGAAAGAUCUCAUCAUCACGGUAGAGCCGUCCGGUGCCGGGAGAUGUCCAACUACUUGAUGUACCUACUAUUUGUUAACCCUGAGAUGCUACUGUCGGGUUCUAGGCGGAAUCUGCUCAUCACCGCUAAUGCUGAACUGGAGGAGAUUCUCAAGGAUGAUGAUCCAUCGCUCGAGAAGAUCCUCAAGGGCAGUGGCGGAGCUACAGUCAUUUGUGUGGGCGGGCCAAAACUGAUUGGUAUAGGAAGGACCAUUAAAAUUUUGCUCUUACGGCCAGAUUGUACACUAAUCUAGACUGAUAUCUUGUGUGGCUGGGCGGGCCAUGGCCUGGUUUGGCCCAGCUGUAGCUCCGCCAGUGCUCAAGGGUGACGAGCCUUCACUCAUGGAGAUCCUCAAAGGCAAUAAGCCAUUUCUUAAGUUCUUCACAGGCAGAAAGCCAUUGCUCAAUGAAAUCGAAAAAGAAUUUACUCAGAGAAUAAUUGGCAAGGUGCUGCAGCCCACACAAUACAAAGAACAGGUUGUUGAACACACACAUUCGCCGCCUGAUGCAAAGAAAUAUCCAACUGCACAGGAAGGUUGUUUUAUCCAUGAUGCCUGUAAGAUUUCUGAAGCGCUGUUGUCUUUGGGUGAUGAGAGCAAGACAUGGGAGGUGAUCGAAGGUGUGUGGGUGGAGAUGCUCUGUUUCUCAGCCAGUAGGUGCCGAGGGUACCUACACGCAAAGAGCCUGGGCACUGGCCCUGAGCUCCUCACUUAUGUCUGGCUGCUGCUAUCACACAUAGGGAUGGAGACCUUGCAGGAGAGGCUGCAGAGGACAGAGCUUUCAAAUGAAGAAGGAAAUGCCGGUGCCCCUCCAUCGACUUCCCAGAUACCUGGGAGCGAAGAUCCACCUCCUUGCAGACGCUCAAGGCCUCAUGAAGCUGCUGCUGCCGGCGCAUCCAUCUCUGAAUCCGAAGAAAUAGUACCAGCUGAAUAAUCUGAGAAAUCAUUAACUGUAUCGUUCAUACAUGGAAAUAAUCCUGUGUCAAUAUCACCCAUCUGCCGUUUGUGUACUUUGCUUCCUCACUUGCAGCUGCUCCUCGGUGCAGAACUUGAUGCACUAGUACAGUCUGAUGCCUGGCAGUCUAUUUGUGUGCUGUUGGAGCUGCCAGAUUACAAAGUGUGUAGUAUGGUGGAUGCCAGGUUACUCCACGAUUGCCCCAUGUUGAAUUCUCUAGUUAUGUAUUUCUACCUGAAAGUCAGAAAUUUCAGUGUUGUUUUUCUU